ACACCUAAUUCAGUGGCAGUAGCCUAAACGGGGGGCUUGUUUCCUGUUUCUGCAAAUGUAUGUUUCUAGACCGGUUGUUUACCUGAGACCGAUGUGUUAUAUGAACUACCGUUUAUUCUGCAUUUAAAUCCCUGGGUGUGGUUUUUAAGGAUCAUCUCGCAGUGGCGCUUCAGGCACUGUAUUUCUUCACUGAAAGAGUUAAUGCAGUUCAACGAGAUAAAAUACUCCUGCACUAGACGCAUAUUCGGUUAGUCGGCGCAACCUUCACGGAGUUUCCGACUUUGAGUUCACCAGCAUGGCUUCAACUUGCUCAGGAUGUGGACCUGGAUAUAAAAGCCCUCUGGAUGCCAUGAAAGGCCCUCGAGAAGAGAUUGUCUACCUGCCAUGCAUUUAUCGCAAUACAGACAUUGAGAAACCUGACUACCUUGCAACUGUUGAUGUUAAUCCACAGUCACCCAAUUUUUGCAAGGUGAUUCACAGGUUACCCAUGCCCAAUUUGAAGGAUGAGCUACACCAUUCUGGUUGGAAUGCCUGUAGCAGUUGCUAUGGCGAUGCCUCCAAAAAACGCAACCGUCUUAUUCUGCCUUCCCUGAUCUCCUCUCGUAUCUACAUCGUUGAUGUCGGGACGGAUCCUAUGGCCCCGCGGCUUCACAAGACAGUGGAGCCCACAGAUCUGUUCUGGAAAUGUGGCCUGGCCAACCCCCACACUUCCCAUUGCCUUGGCAGUGGCCAAAUCAUGAUUAGUGCCAUGGGUGAUCCCUCGGGUAACGGCAAAGGUGGUUUUGUGUUGUUGGAUGGGAAGACUUUCGAAGUUAUUGGCAACUGGGAGCACCCAGGUGAAGCGGCACCCUUUGGUUAUGACUUCUGGUACCAGCCUCUCCAUAACGUCAUGAUAAGCACUGAGUGGGGCGCACCCAAAGCAUUGGGACAUGGCUUUAACCCUGCAGAUGUCAAAGCUGGUCACUAUGGACAGUGCCUCCAUGUGUGGGACUGGACCACCCAUAAGCGAAUCCAAACUCUGGAUCUGGGAGAAGAGGGUGCAAUCCCUCUAGAGAUCCGAUUCUUGCAUGACCCUGCUGCAGCUGAGGGCUUUGUGGGCUGUGCACUUCAGGGCACAGUCUUCCGCUUCUAUAAGACAACGGCAAGGGACUGGGCGGCUGAGCGAGUCAUCAAAGUUCCAAGCAAAAAGGUGGAAGGUUGGGCUCUUUCUGAGAUGCCAAGUCUCAUUACAGAUAUCUUGAUCUCACUGGAUGAUCGCUUCCUGUACUUCAGUAACUGGUUACAUGGAGACAUUCGACAGUAUGACAUCACUGAUAAGAGGCAUCCUCGUAUGGUUGGUCAGGUGUUCCUUGGGGGCAGCAUUUUGAAAGAUGGACCUGUUAAAGUACUGGAGGACAAAGAAUUGAAUAGCCAGCCAGCUCCCCGGAUAGUGAAGGGAAAAAGAGUACAGGGAGGACCUCAGAUGCUACAGCUGAGCUUGGAUGGAAAAAGACUCUACGUCACCACCUCUUUAUACAGUGCAUGGGACAAGCAGUUCUACCCUGACCUUGUGAAGGAGGGUUCAGUAAUUAUUCAGAUUGAUGUGGACACAGAUAAAGGUGGCCUAAAGCUCAAUGAGGAGUUCCUUGUGGAUUUCGGAGCAGAGCCAGAAGGUCCUGCCCUGGCCCAUGAACUCCGAUAUCCUGGUGGAGACUGUACCUCUGAUAUCUGGUUAUAAAACCGAGACCAAGACAUCAUGUUCUGAGGAGCUCAGUUAUUCUCAUGUAGUGAUACGAUAUAGUGGAGAUCCUCAUUGCUCAUCAUGACUAUUGUAUGAAUGGACCAAAUGCUAAAAGGGAUGGUUCAAUCAGUAUUACAUUUCUGUCAUCAGUUAUUCACCCUCAUGUUGUACCAAACCCAUAAGACUUUUACAAAAGGAUAUGUUAGGCAGAAUGUGAAGGAGUGACAGGCUCAGUCACCAUUCACUUUCAUUUUUUUUUUUUUUUUUUUCUUCUAUACUAUAAAAGCAAAUGGUGACUGAGGCCAACAUUGUGCCUAACAUCUCUGUUUGUGUUCCACUGUAAAAAGAAUAUCAUACAGGUUUGGAACCCAGUUAAUUACUUCAAGAGUGAAGUAUGUGUAUUAUGUGAGUCACAACUAUUAAAGCUCAUUUUCAUUAA